AUGACAACCUCAAAUACACAGAUUGAUUUUGUGAGUACGAUUGAGAGGAUUGUGGACGGGAUGAACCCCGAACUGAUUAAAGGGCUGAAUUACCGGUGCUACGAAGUCACGUACGAAAAGCCAUGGUGGGAAUAUCACGACCAGAUCCAGCGGGAAUUAGAAGCUAUCAAUACCUUAGGUCAGUUCAACUGUCAGAUGGUAGAUAAUAAGUUUUACCUAUCCUUUGGUAAACGUACAGAGUGGAGUGAAGAGGAAAAAGUCAGGUUGAAAGGUGCUUUGGAGCGGAUUACAGCUUCCUUCAGGCUGCAUGACGAGUACGAGGAUGUCGAUUUCCGUGGUCCUUAA